AUUCAAAACAAACGAGAGGACGGGGGAGGAGAGAAGGAACAGGUGCAGAACAGGUAGUUCCUUCUUGGUAUCUGACAGAGAGGGAAGGGUUCCUUUCCUCAUCAGAAGGACGCCAGCGAUCUGUGGAAUGAGCACUAUGGUAUGCUUUUGAAUUUUCACCCACAACACAAAUGCAAUGAAAUGAGAAAACAGCUUUAACUGGAGAGAUUUUUAUUCCUUUUAUAAAUUGCUCAAGCCAUGAUCGGAUGGAGGUCCUCCAGGUAACUCCAUGGACUUAUUAACAAGUCUAUUGAAUAACUGCUUGUGAGUUGGAAGCUGAGUUGCCUGAACACAAAUGGUUUAAAGAAGAUUAGAGAGCAUCUACAUGCAGAGCUCAGUAACACACUCGGAAUCUUCUUGGAAGGACUCAGGGAUGUACUUGUAUUACCUUUGAUCCAGGUGGAUGCAGACACUCCCUAGAAGCCUCUCCAACUUCAGAUGUGUGACAUAUAUCCACACACAGGGGUGUAAGUAGGAGAAGCCCACAAGAAUGGCUCUGCAGAUGUUCGUGACUUUCAGUCCUUGGAAUUGUUUGCUACUGCUAAUGGCUCUUGAGUAUUCUAAAGCAUCUUCUGAUGUUAAUGAAUCUGCAAAUUCCACUGCUCAGCAUGCACCUGACGCUUGGUUUGCCACUUCCAGCUCAGAGCCAGAUGAAAGGAUAUCUGUUUUUGAACUGGAUUAUGACUAUGUGCAAAUUCCUUAUGAGGUCACUCUCUGGAUACUUCUAGCGUCCCUUGCAAAAAUAGGCUUCCACCUCUACCAUAGGCUGCCGGGCCUCAUGCCGGAGAGCUGCCUGCUCAUCCUGGUGGGGGCCCUGGUGGGCGGCAUCAUCUUCGGCACCGACCACAAAUCGCCUCCGGUCAUGGACUCCAGCAUCUACUUCCUGUAUCUCCUGCCGCCCAUCGUGCUGGAGGGCGGCUACUUCAUGCCUACCCGGCCCUUCUUUGAGAACAUCGGCUCCAUCCUGUGGUGGGCGGUACUAGGGGCCCUGAUCAACGCCCUGGGCAUCGGCCUCUCCCUGUACCUCAUCUGCCAGGUCCGGGCCUUUGGCCUGGGUGACGUCAGCCUGCUGCAGAACCUGCUGUUCGGCAGCCUCAUCUCGGCGGUGGACCCCGUGGCCGUGCUGGCCGUGUUUGAGGAGGCCCGCGUGAACGAGCAGCUCUACAUGAUGAUCUUUGGGGAGGCCCUGCUCAAUGACGGCAUUACUGUGGUUUUAUACAAUAUGUUAAUUGCCUUCACAAAGAUGCAUAAAUUUGAAGACAUAGAACCUGUGGACAUUUUGGCUGGAUGUGCUCGAUUCAUCAUUGUAGGGGUUGGAGGGGUAAUGUUUGGCAUCGUUUUUGGAUUUAUUUCUGCAUUCAUCACACGUUUCACUCAGAAUAUCUCUGCAAUUGAGCCACUCAUCGUCUUCAUGUUCAGCUAUUUGUCUUACUUAGCUGCUGAGACCCUCUACCUCUCUGGCAUCCUGGCAAUUACAGCCUGUGCGGUAACAAUGAAAAAGUACGUGGAAGAAAACGUGUCCCAGACAUCGUACACGACCAUCAAAUACUUCAUGAAGAUGCUGAGCAGCGUCAGCGAGACCUUGAUCUUCAUCUUCAUGGGUGUGUCCACCGUGGGCAAGAACCACGAGUGGAACUGGGCCUUCAUCUGCUUCACCCUGGCCUUCUGCCAGAUCUGGAGAGCCAUUAGCGUAUUUGCUCUCUUCUAUGUCAGUAACCAGUUUCGGACUUUCCCCUUCUCCACCAAGGACCAGUGCAUAAUUUUCUACAGUGGUGUUCGAGGAGCUGGAAGUUUUUCACUUGCAUUUUUGCUUCCUCUGUCUCUUUUUCCUAGGAAGAAAAUGUUUGUCACUGCUACUUUAGUAGUUAUAUACUUUACUGUGUUUAUUCAGGGAAUCACAAUUGGCCCUCUGGUCCGGUACCUGGAUGUUAAAAAAACCAAUAAAAAAGAAUCCAUCAAUGAAGAGCUUCAUAUUCGUCUGAUGGAUCACUUAAAGGCUGGAAUUGAAGAUGUGUGUGGGCACUGGAGUCACUACCAAGUGAGAGACAAGUUUAAGAAGUUUGAUCAUAGAUACUUACGAAAAAUCCUCAUCAGAGAGAACCUACCCAAAUCAAGCAUUGUUUCUUUGUACAAGAAGCUGGAAAUGAAACAAGCCAUCGAGAUGGUGGAGACUGGGAUACUGAGCUCUACAGCUUUCUCCGUACCCCAUCAGGCCCAGAGGAUACAAGGAAUCAAAAGACUUUCCCCUGAAGAUGUGGAAUCCAUAAGGGACAUUCUGACAUGCAACAUGUACCAAGUUCGGCAAAGGACCCUGUCCUACAACAAAUACAACCUCAAACCCCAGACAAGUGAGAAGCAGGCCAAAGAGAUUCUGAUCCGCCACCAGAACACGUUAAGGGAGAGCAUGAGGAAAGGCCACAGCCUGCCCUGGGGAAAGCCGGCUGGCACCAAGAAUAUCCGCUACCUCUCCUUUCCCUAUGGGAAUCCUCAAUCUGCAGGAAGAGACUCAAGAGCUGCUGGGUUCUCAGAUGAUGACGGCAGCCAUCCAGGAUCCCCAUCUGUCAUGUUCAGCACACGCUCUAGGAUAAGGUCGCUUCAGAAGCAGCAGGCCGAAGAAAUGAUCCCAAUGAAGAGCCUACGCAGAGGAGGGAAGACAUUCAGCCUUGGUUAUCAAAGAGGCACAAGCCAAGAGGGGUACAUGGGUGGAAGCAGGAGGGUGGCGUUAAGGCCCAAACCUUUGUUUCAUGCAGUGGAUGAGGAGGGUGAGUCUGGAGGAGAGAGUGAGGGUGAGGCGUCUGCAGUUCGGUCGAGGUGGACAACUGACCGUGGACACGGCAGGGACUACAGGUCCCACAGUCCUUUGCUCCAAAGAAAAUAGUGUUACUAUCCACAAGAUUUUUUCGGUGUUUCUCAAAAAUCUGUCUUCCUAUAACUGUGAAAGGAGAAUUUCUGAAAUUCAGAAGAGAGCUAUUGAGUUUGCUGUUUUGAAGCUAUUAGACAUGGAUGUGUAAGCAGCAGGAAGAUUUUUUUGGGAACAAACUUGCAGGCUCUGCCAUGUUCUUAGUGUGGGAUACCUUUUAAUUCCAUGUGAGUGAGAGAAGUUAAUCACCCCAGGAAUUAGUCACUAAGAAUUCUUAAGAACUUUCCAUCAGGAGCAUCAGAUCCAAGCCAUAUAUUGAGAUACAAGUGUUAUUGGUUAGUAAUUCACAUUGCCUAUAUGCAUAUGCAACUUAUAAUCAAAUUAAAACUAGAAGGGGCUUUUGAAGUCACCUGACUCAACCCCCCGUGUUUACAGACAAGGCCAUCUAGUCCAAAGUUGCAUGGUGAGUUCACGGUUGGAUUGUCCUCCCUCCAAACUGAAACUAACUUGAUUUUGAUUUCAUAUUCAAUAUGCAAUAAUUAUGUUUUAUCAGAGAUAAAAUUUGUUACGAAGUUGCUUUAUUUAAUCAGUAGCAAUGAUAGAUGUGAUAUACACUACAGGAUUAAUCUGUCAACAGUGGGCUUACCGUCUAUUUCAUAAUUGGAAUACUUAUUUUAAAAAUGAAUAUCAGAAACAAAACAGCCGUAAACAGACUUUACAGCAAUGAAAUUAAAAACAGACAUUUAUUAGGUGUGCAUUUGUAGGGUGUGAAAUUUUACCCUAGGGGAAGAAACUAUUUUUCAAUUUCAUUUUCCAUCCUCAUCAUCCCCGAACUCAACCUUGAAUCUCACACUCCAACUCUUCAAUUGUACUAGACUAUUUUAUCUUUCCUCGCUUUUUAUCUUCUCUUCCACCUUCCCUCUCUGCUUCUGGCCACCAGUAGGUUAAGAAACAUUUAUCAAGCAUUGUUAUUGGGCCAAAUGACUAAUCUACGAUAUACAACUAAUCAAAUACCCUUUUGCCAUCACUAUUUUUGACAUCUCUACCAUCUUCAGCUGGUUUAAUCUUAUGUGUCUUUAAAGUCCAUGAUCAAGGCAUCCUGCUCUCUAGACCAGCCUUGACCUUCUCCCUUGGUGCCCCCACAUCCCUUUGGAUGUGCCACGUACCUUAUCUGUGGAUUAUGCCUAGCCAUGCACACAUAGGUUCGUUCUGGUGGUCAGUGAGCUGAAGGACAGGGAGGAGAGUUUGUUCAUUUUAAAUUGUAUCCAUUUAUCUGUUGUGUUUUUUAUCUCACCACUCUACCUAGUUUGUAUUUUUGGGCUUUUUUUUUCCAUCU